CAAGCCCGGGUGUGAAAAUGUGGAGGGAGCUGCAGUUACCUUCUUUGUAUUGUUUGCAUUAUGAGUGUCGAUAGAAAUUACACAGUUUAGGUUACUGUCGUAAUCGAAUAGUGAAUCUUCGCAUAAUUUGGUAGCAUGUGAUUCAAGCUUUGAAAUGCAUCCUUCCUUGCUAUAAACUUACUGAUUCCUUUCUGAAGUUGUCCGGGGUUAGUGUUUUUCUUAUACGAUACCAAAGGGAAGCGAGUAGCUAAGAGUCUAGGCCUAUAAGGGUUCGAUUUUUCUCCCUUUUUGAUUUUCUUUUACGGUGCCUUCUCAGCAUGACGCGUGUGGUGUUACUUCUGUGCGUGAUUUUUUAGGUGGAGAGGUCUGCACACACGUUUUGGAUGUUUUGGAGUCCACUGCUUUGACUGUCUCCUGACACUCUGACUGUUUCCAUCUUAGGAGUUUUGAUUGUCUCCUUGUUUGCCACAUAUCAUUUUUGUAUGUCGGAUUAUUUGGGCCGAUUUUUCUGGGCUCUUCUCAUGGUACGGGUGUGUUCCUUUCUUUUUGCUUCUGCUGCCUAUAAACAAGCUAUUCUGGAGGCCUUAUUUCUCGGUAUCUAGAUUCUUUGCUUUGGGUUCGUGGUAUGGGUUCUUGCAGUUCGGUGUGCUGAUCGGCUGCCUUCUUCUUCUUCGGUUCAUGCUUCUGAUCGAUCUGUUCCAAGUCGCUCUGAAUAUGUUCCUGUUUUGGAUCCUAAUGAAGUGCGCCGGUGUCAGCAUGAGAUUCAACGUGGGAAGCGGCCUAUUUAUUUAUACAACCACGGUCCAUUGGCUGGAGUCGAGGAAAUUCUCAAGCAUAAAACGGCAUCUUCUUACUCAGCAUGCUUUUAAAGAAGUUGGAUGAAGUCGAAGUGGCACGGAUGGCAGCAAUCAACAAGGAAAUUAAGUGUGUGUUGACAGAAGUUCUUCUGAAGGUUAAUGAUGAUCUUUUUAAUGAGAUCGCGGCCAAACAAAUGAGACCACUGGUGUCUCUAGCUCAAAGGAGCUUGGUCUGGGAGAAUCAUAAGUCAAGACCACAGCUGUACCUGGUCGUUCUGAUGAUACUGGGCUAAUUCUCCUAAAGGUGCUCUUCUUGGUCUUGCUAAUUAUGAUUCAGAUGAUGCGGGUUUAAUUCCAAAUUUAUCAUCUGAAAUUAAAGUUGGUGCAGCUCAUCCUAAAGAAAAUAAGUUCUUGAAAAACACAAAGCGGACAUGGUUUCCCAGAAUUUAUUUUCUAAAGAAGGGAGAGCCUAUUAUUAACUUUCUGAGUUUACUUCGGUCUUGCAUGUAUUAGCUUUCUGUUUUUGCCCCUAUCUAUGUUUGUUUCUUUCCAUUUCUUGUGUGCACGCGCUCAAUUGUGUUUGUGUGUGUGAUGUGCCCCUAUCUAUGUCUGUUUCUGUCUGUUUCUUGCGUGCAAGUGCUACAUUGUGUGUGUGUGAGACUGUGUGUGUGAUGUGCCCAUAUCUAUGCCCGUUUCUUGUGUGCAAGCGCUUGAUUGAGUGUGUGCUUGUGUGACUCUGCGUGUAUUGCUUUGAUGGUGUGGCCUGUAUGCUUUAGUGAAUGAUUGGUGUGUUUUGUAUUGUU